AUGAUUGACAUCCAGGCAAAGAUUCGACACCAGGCACUCAGCAACGCUGCCGCGCUCAAAGAGGUCGGGGAAUUUGUUGAGCGUAUCUCCAAGAAGGACGAGGAAGCCACACACGCUGCCGCCACAUUUGAUCCAUCGACCGUUAAAGUGCCCCCCAUCCGGUGCUAUGAGAUUCCACUUGAGGAAGAAAAAUCGGGGCUGUACACCGCUGAAGAGUAUAAGGCUGUUGGUAACAAGCUGUUUGGAGAGCGCAAGUUUGAGAAGGCAUUGGACUACUACGAGUGUGCCGGACGCAUAGACCCAGGUAUGGCGGCUGCCUUUGGGAAUGCAGGCCUCUGCUACCAAAAGCUUAAGCGCGAAGAUGAGGCCCUUGCCUCCUUCUCACGAGCUAUAGGGAUAGACCCUCAAUAUACGAAGAUACUCGUAAGACGUGGACGUCUGUAUCUAGAUCGAGGAGACUACCAAGCCUCAUACGCCGACCUGUCCUUGGCACUCACUCUCCUUCCUGAGAAGGGGCGACAGGAGGUGCAGCAGGACUUAGAGCUUGUUAAAUCAAAGUUAGUACCGGUGACUACUGUCACUACUACCACUGUAGGAGCAGCCGAUAUAUUUGCUACUCAAAACACAGCAAGCAGAGGGAAAUCCAUCGCCAUAGACAUGAGCUGUCUCGAUGAGGCGGUCGAGUCAAAGUCUCCCAUAGGCUCUCCGUCACGCCCAACAGCCGUUCGGUUACGAGAUUGCAAGAGAAACAUCCCUUCCAACAAAGCCAAGCCUUCCGUUCCUCCUCCACCAACUUCAGCAUUUUCUUUGUAUAGCGACGUGCUUCAUCUAAGUGAGCACUUGGACGUCUUGGCAGAAUAUCUUAACUCCUUCCACAGUGCGGUAUUAGAAUCUUACCUGUCAAGCCAGUUGACUGAUAAGGAAAUCAAGAGCAUCGUGGCUGCCAUUGGCCUACACAAGCUUUCCGCAAAGAAAACCAUCAAUACCCUUUAUGCACUGACUCGCUUACCAAAUCUCUCCUUCCUAAGCCCCUUUUUGUCAGAGGAGAUAAAAACGACCAUGCGUGCUACUCUUGAGUGGGCAUUGCAUCAGAUUCCAGAGGACCAGGCUGAAGUAUAUAAUGAGAGAAACGAUGAGGUGCGCGAGGCCUUUUGUCUCUAG